UUGUCAAUUUACUUAAAUCAGUUACAAUGCAAGCACAAACGGUGGCGCCUCCUGAUAUGCAAUGCCAGGACAAGUUUUUACUUUUGAAUGUAGUUGCAAGUCCUGGAACUACUGCAAAGGAUGUCAAUGCAAACAUGUUCAAUGAAGAGGCAGCGCAUCAUGUUGAAGAGCGCAAAUUGAAGGUUGUUUAUGUUGCUCCUCCUAGAUCACUGUCACCAGUUCGAGAAGGGUCACAGGAAGGUUUUUCACCCAGAUCUUCUGUGUCCGACGAUGGGAGCCUGAGCGCCACCGUACAAACCAGCGUUAUUCAAUUCGAUCCGAAAGUUGUCCCGGUGAAUGAACCGGAUAAAUGGCUUAUCGCCGAUCGCAUCGGAAUGGGUACCCGCUACCUUCUCAGCGUCGAACCUCAGGAGCUCCAAUUUCCAUUUGAACUGGGGAAGCAGACCUUUUGUUCCCUACAGCUGUUAAAUAAGAGCGACAAUUAUGUGGCUUUCAAGGUUAUGACGACGAAUCCAAAAAAGUACUGUGUUAGGCCUUAUGCUGGGGCUGUGUCGCCAAGGUCCACUUGUGAUGUUAUAGUUGCAAUGCAAGCACAAACGGAGGCGCCUCCUGAUAUGCAAUGCAAGGACAAGUUUUUACUUCGGAGUGUAGUUGCAAGUCCUGGAACUACUGCGAAGGAUGUCAAUGCAGAGAUGUUCAAUGAAGAGGCAGGGCAUCAUGUUGAAGAGCACAAAUUGAAGGUUGUUCAUGUUGCUUCUCCUAGACCACCAUCACCAGUUCGAGAAUGGUCAGAGGAAGGUUCUUCACCCAGAGCUUCUGUGUCGGACGAUGGGAGCCUGAGCGCCUCUGUACAAACUAGCGUUAUUGAAUCCGGUCUGAAGGUUGACCCGCUUUCGACAGCUUUUCCCUCGGGAAUGCCCAGUAACAUUGGACCAACGCAAUAUCGUUAUGAACAACUAUCAAAAGCAACUGGUCAUUUCUCCAAUGACUACAUCCUUGGCCAGGGUGGUUUUGGUCAAGUCUUUAAGGGUGCCCUACAUGGUGAAAUCCUUGCUAUUAAGAAACUUCAGUAUUUCGAGGAACAGACCAGAGAAGAAUUGGUCCAUGAGAUUGCAGUCAUUAGCAAUGUUCGUCACUGUAAUCUUGUUAAGCUGCUUGGCUACUGCAUUGAAGGAGCCAAUGCAUUGCUUGUUUUAGAGUAUUGUCUCAAUAAAUCCUUGAGAUUUCAUUUACAUGGAGGAGGAAAAGAGAUUUUGGAUUGGCCAACAAGAAGGAAAAUUGCCAUAGGCUCUGCAAAAGGAUUGGAAUAUCUGCAUGAGCACUCAUCUCCAAAGAUUAUUCACCGAGAUAUCAAACCAGAUAACAUUCUUCUCGAUAUUAAUUUUGAACCAAAGAUUGCCGAUUUUGGACUUGCCUUAUUUUUUCCGGAUACUGUUACUCAUCUCUCCAGAUCAAUUGCAGGAACUGAAGUUUAUAUAGAUCCAGAGCAUUCCGGAAGAGUAUCUAGUAAGUCAGAUAUCUAUUCUUUUGGCGUGGUGCUUCUAGAACUUAUCACUGGAAGAAAACCUAAAUAUCAAGGCAUUGACAUCAUUAGUUGGGCAAAACCUCGAAUUACACAAGCUUUGAAUGGACAAUAUAUAGACUUUGUUGAUUCAAAUUUGCAAAGUUAUGAUAGAAGUGAAAUGCAAUGGAUGAUUUCUUGUGUUGCAGCUUGUGUUUAUAAUCCUUUUGAGUCUCGCCCGCAAAUGAAAGAGAUAGUUCGAGCUCUUGAAGGAUAUAGUCCUCCAAAGGAUAAGGCUGGAACUCCAUUCUACUAGAUGAGCGGUCCCAAGUUCACGACCCAAACAUGUUUUCUUACCAAACAAUUAUCAUUUCCCUCAUUCUUUUUGACUUGAGAUUGUUUUAAAUCUAGUUAUCAAGUGGAUGAACAAGCGAAUGGUUUGGCAUCUGAGAGUUUUAGCAUAAAAUUAACAGUAUUAUGAAUUUAGCAUAUGGUGGAGUUUUUGAAAAAAACUCUUGUAUUGUGUCUUGCGUGUUGCAGAAUCUUGGCUAUAUGUGUAGUUCUGCCCUGCAUGCUGAGAACUUUGUAAAAAUUCAUCUAGAUUUGAUUUUCUUUUAAGAGGUUCCCGUUGUUGGAAUUUGUUGGGCUCUAAAAGGAGAAACCAAUAAAUUUGUGAGAGAUUAUUGCAAAAAUUUAAAUUGAUUUCUUAUAUUUCUUUUUUCA